AUGGGGCUGCAUGCGGAGCGAAGGCAGCAGCAGCAGCAGCAGCAGCAGCAGCAGCAGCAGGAGCAGCAAGAUGAAGAAGACCCUGAGCUGUUGCUGCUGCGGGAGCAGCAGGAGUUGCUGCGGCGGAUUCUGCGGCAGCAGCAGCAGGACGAUGCACAGCAGCAAGUGGGGUUGCAACAGCAACAACAACAACAGCAGCAGCAGCAGCAACAGCAGCAGCAGCAGCAGCAGCAGCAGGAGAUAGUCUCCUGCGCAGGGGCCCUUCAAUGUGUGCUCCCUGCAUCAACGCGCUGGCACAGCAGCAGCAGCAGCAGCAGCAACGCUCUGACUGGAGACUGUCUCCUCGUUACCAAGUCGCUGCUGCUGCUGCUGCAGCUGCAGCGGGGGGCCCCCCUCUCCCUCUUAGACUGCGGGACGAAGGCGAAGCCCCUGGCUGUCUCCUGGGCCCUUACAGCAGCAGCAGCAGCAGCAGCAGCAGCAGCAACAGCAGCAGAUGCAGCAACAGCAGCAGCAGCAGCAGUACCUGCUGCUGCAGCAACAGGAGCAGCUACCGGUACUGCUCUUUCCCCGACCAACACCACCGCCACCUGCAGCUCCAGCAGCAGCAGCAACAACACCAGCAGCAGCAACAGCAGCAGCAGCAGCAGCAGGCUGGUGGGCAUGCAUGUUUGUUUAGGGUUUGAGUGUCUCUCUCAUCUCUUCUUCACCGCCCAUGCUGAUCGCACUGUGCGGCUGUGGCGGCUGCAGCAGCAGACCCUGAACUUGCUGCAGCUCGACCCGCAGCAGCAGCAGCAGCAGCAACAGCAGCAGCAGCAGCAGCAACAGCAGCAGCAACGUCGUGUUAGCGGAGAGAUGCCUCGUGCUGCUGCAGUAUCGAUGCACCGACAGCACGCAGGAGAGCCAGAGGCCCUGGCUGUCUGCGGUGGUUGUUUGCUGCCUGGUGCAGCAGCAGCAGCAGCAGCAGCAGCAGCAGGAACACCAACAGGAGCAGCAGCAGCAGCAGCAGCAGAGAGUGGUUUGUGGCUGGUGUGUGCCAGUGGGGAUGCAAGGGGUAAGCUUGUCUUCUGGAUGCAGGAGGGGACUGUCUCCUUUUACAGCGGGGCAGCAGCAGCAGCAGCAGCAGCAGCAAAACCCAAAGCGCAUGCAGCAGCACAAAUGCAGCCGCUGCAGCAGAAGGUUGUGGAGAUAGCCUUGCUCUCAGUCAGAGGCAAAUGCUGCAGCAGCAGCAGCAGCUCCUGCAGCAGCAGCAGCUGCUGCAGCAGCAGCAGCGGAGGCGGCAACGCAGAGACAGUGCAGCAGCAGGAGACGGACGACGAGGAGGAGCCCGGCGAGAUUCGCGAGCCCAGCAGCAGCAGCAACAGCAGCAGCAGCAGCAACAGCAGCAGCAGCAGCAGCAGCAGCAGCAGUAACAACAGUGAAGUAAACUAUUGCUGCAGUCUUCUUGCUGCUGUUGGCUACGAAGGGGGGGCCCUGCUGCUGAUAGAUGUGCUGCAGCAGCAAGUGCUGCGCAGCCUGGGGAGGCACUCCGAUAGGGUGACGAGUCUCUGCUUCAUACGGCCCUGUCUGCAGCAGCAGCAGCAGCAGCAGCAGCAGCAGCAGCGGGAGCAGCGGCAGGACGCGUUGGUGGAUCUACAUGCGGGAGCUGAUGCUGCAGCAGCAGCUGCAGCAGCAGCAGCAGCAGCAGCAGCAGCAGAUCACGGGUGGCUCCUGGCGUCGGCGUCACGGAGCCAGGAGCUGCUGCUGUGGGAGCUGUCUCCUGCUGCUGCUGCUGCUGCUGCUGCUGGUGGUGGUUCGGGGGGUGUGGUGCUGCAGAUGCGUCUGGCUGCAGCAGAGGCUGCGGCAUGUAGCAGCGGCAACGGCAGCAGCAAACAGCAGCAGCAGCAGCAGCGGCUGCAGCAGCAGAACAGCAGCAGACUUUGGCUGUCUCUUGCCUGGCACCCAGCAGCACCAAACUGUCUCCUUUUGGGGUCUCUAUCGGGCGAGCUUAUGUGUCUCCAUCUGCAGCAAGCUCUCACAAGCGCGCAGCAGCAGCAGCAGCAGCAGCAGCAGCAGCAGCAGCAGCAGCAGCAGCAGCAGCUGUUGCUGCUGCUGCCCCAGCCGAAAAACAGUAAAAAGAGGCGCCCACAACAGCAGCAGCAGCAGCAGCAACAGCAGCAGCAGCAGCAGCACCUUACGCGGCUGCUGCAGCCCCACACACGCCCUAUCUUUUCCAUUUGCUGCUUCGCUGCUGCUGUUGCUGCUGCUGCUGCUGCAGCUGCUGCUGCUGGGAGUUCCUCCACGGCAACUGAAGCCUCAACAACAGCAGCAGCAGGAGAAGCAGAAGCUGCAGAAGAGGCAACAGCAGCAGCAGCAGCAGCAGCAGAGACGAAGCAGAAGCUGCAGAAGAGGCAACAGCAGCAGCAGCAGCAGCAGCAGAGACAGGGCAGCAGCAGCAGCAGCCCCAGCAGGAGCACCAACAGCCCCAGCCCCAGCAGCAGCAGCAGCAGCAGCAGCAGGAGGU